CUCCACGCGUUCCACCACCACCACUGAGUCCGAAGAAGUUCAACCAAAGCCCGAAACGAAUCCUACCGUUGAGUCCGAAGAAGUUCAACCACUCACGAAGACAGAAACAAACCCUACUACUACGACGCCAUUUGAAGAUAAUCCCGGUGAUCUUCCAGAUGACGCCAUCAAAAGCGACGACCUCCCCAAACAAGACCAGCAGACGACUGCAACUCAGGUAUCUGAAGAAUCCCAUUUGACUUUGACUGAUCCGACCCAACAGGAACCGACCAAUGGUACCUCUUCUACUACUAAUAUGGAAUUCCAGAGAGUGGAAGAAUCAGCUUCUGAUGAUCAAGAAAAGAACAGAGAGCAACGACGAGAGGACGAGAGCAACGACAUUGAUAAUUCUCAAGAAGAAGAUAAACGACAACAACAGCAGCAGCAGCAAGAGCAAAGCAAUGGAGAAAACGACAUUGAUAAUUCUCAAGAAGAAGAUAAACGACAACAACAACAGCAGGAGCAAAGCAAUGGAGAAAACAUUCAAACAGAGUCUCAAAUUGAGAAUAAUAGCACUACUACACCACAAAACGACCCAAAAACCACAUAUACAGCGAAAAACGACGAGUCAUCAGAGCACGAGUUUACGGACGUGACCAACCAAGACGUAGUACAACAACCCCAGAAGCAAGACGACGAGGGUGAGAAUAAGGCCAGUAGUAAUGGUGGGUCGAACUCGGGUUCCGUGGAGUCGUUUCCGGGUGGGGACAACGCAGGGAUUCCUAAGGAGUCAAAAGAGUCGAAGAAGUCGUGGUCGACUCAGGCGGCUCAGUCGGAGAAUGAGAAGGAGAGGAGGAAGGAUGAAUCGGACGGUCAAGAUGAGAUGUACGGUUACACGUGGCAGCUAUGUAACGUAACGGCGGGACCUGAUUAUAUACCUUGUUUGGACAACGAGAAAGCUGUGAAGAAGUUGCGUUCGACCAGGCACUUCGAGCACCGUGAAAGGCAUUGUCCAGAGGAAGGUCCCAUGUGUCUGGUUCCAGUUCCAGAGGGUUACAAAAGAUCAAUCGAAUGGCCCACGAGCAGAGACAAGAUAUGGUACCAUAACGUACCACACACGUUGCUGGCGGAAGUGAAAGGGCAUCAAAACUGGGUUAAGGUGACAGGAGAAUUCUUGACAUUUCCUGGUGGUGGAACCCAGUUCAUUCAUGGGGCCCUCCAUUACAUCGAUUUUCUUCAACAGGCAGUAAAAGAGAUUGGAUGGGGAAAGCACACUAGGGUGGUAUUGGACGUAGGGUGUGGGGUGGCCAGCUUUGGGGGUUUUCUAUUCGAGAGAGACGUUCUGGCCAUGUCUUUUGCUCCAAAAGAUGAACACGAAGCUCAAGUUCAGUUCGCCCUCGAAAGGGGUAUACCUGCCAUUUCUGCUGUCAUGGGUUCUCAGAGGCUCCCAUUCCCCAGCAGGGUUUUCGAUCUUAUUCACUGCGCACGUUGUAGAGUCCCCUGGCACGCUGAAGGUGGUAUGCUUCUUUUGGAACUGAACCGUGUUUUGAGACCCGGGGGAUACUUUGUCUGGUCUGCCACACCUGUGUACCAGAAGCUUGAAGAAGAUGUGGAAAUCUGGAAGGCAAUGUCUUCACUGACGGCCUCCAUGUGUUGGGAGCUCGUGACCAUCAAGAAGGACAAGCUGAAUUCAGUCGGUGCUGCCAUCUACCGCAAGCCCAUCUCGAAUGAAUGUUAUGAACGGAGAAAACAUAAGCAGCCUCCGAUGUGCAAGGAUGACGAUGAUGCAAAUGCUGCCUGGUACGUACCUUUACAGACAUGCAUGCACCGAGUCCCAGUUGAUGUGGCCGAGAGAGGGACCCAAUGGCCUGAGAACUGGCCACGCCGACUGCAGACACCGCCAUAUUGGCUAAAUGACUCCCAGAUGGGGAUCUAUGGGAAGCCAUCGUCACAAGAUUUUGCAGCAGAUUACGAGCAUUGGAAACGCGUAGUUAAAAAUUCUUAUAUGAGCAGAUUAGGAAUCAGUUGGUCCAAUGUGAGGAAUGUCAUGGACAUGAGGGCUGUUUAUGGAGGAUUUGCAGCAGCUAUGAAGGACGUUAAAAUUUGGGUCAUGAAUGUGGUGAAUGUGGAUUCUCCAGAUACACUUCCAAUAAUCUAUGAACGAGGUCUUUUUGGAAUAUACCAUGAUUGGUGUGAAUCCUUCAGUACAUACCCCAGAACAUAUGAUCUUCUUCAUGCUGAUCAUCUUUUCUCAAAGCUAACAAAGAGGUGCAAACUUGGUCCGGUACUGGCAGAGGUCGAUAGGAUUGUCAGACCGGGAGGCAAAUUGAUUGUCCGGGAUGAGUCCCGCGCAAUAGGAGAAGUUGAGAACUUGUUGAAAUCCCUGCAUUGGGAGGUUCGUUUAACCUUCUCCAAGAACCAGGAAGGAAUUCUCAGUGCACAGAAAGGCGAUUGGCGACCGAAGACAUAUGCUAUGUCUUCCUGAUCUCCUGUACAAAAGGGUUUUUUCUUCUUAUCAACUGCUGCAGGGCGACUGGUUCAUCGCCAGCUUGACAUCUACCCUUUUGCGGCUUGUUUCUUCUUUUUCAAUAUUUAUAGAAUUCCAAUCACUGCAAUUCGGCAAGAUAGAUGUACCUGUUGUAUCUGUUCAGUACUUAAAGUUCUUAGAAAGCAAACAGUGAGAAAGAUGGCCUAUACAAAAUUAAA